GAGAGAGAGAGAGAGAGAGAGAGAGAGAGAGAGAGAGAGAGAGAGAGAGAGAGAUGCUGUUGCCAGGGAAGAGUGUGCAUGAGGAAUCGUCCAUCUUUAACAGCUUGUGAGGGAUAAACGAAUAUGAAAAACUAGGGCCGAACGCAGGAAUAACUGCUCAUAGAAGACAAAACCAACCAGAUCAUACUACUACAGGCUGUGUAUUAUAACUCCAGUCUAUCAGAUUCACACAGAGAAAGGAGGAAGAAGAUGGAGAGGAAGAGUAUGUGUGAAUCAGACGGGUGAGAUGACAUAACCCCCCCAUCACACAGCGACCACAACCAUGAUGUCAUCGCAGCGGGAUUAGAGAGCCUGCCUGGGCAUUACAGCUGGGGACGGGGUGUGUAUGUGUUCUAACGUGUGUGAACUCUGAAGAAGAUGGAGAGGAGAUCCCGUUAGGAAUAAAGGGCCACAGAUAGAUCAUCACAACACAAUCUGGGGUACAUGGAGAGGAACGUUUAUUCCCACGGCAACUGGACACAGAUGAGAAACUGUUGUUUUAGCAGAAGGGAGCUCUGCUGAACAGAACAGAACACAGGUGUAUGUUCCUACCAUAGACUGUGGUUCCUACCCACCCAGGUCCACAGGGAGCCAUUCUCUGCCUGUAGCGGUCCCAAACACCCAGGGUUGGAGCGGUGACACCCAGGGCUGGAGCCUGGACCUGAGCCCCUGGUUGGCACCUAUAGCAUGCUUCACCUGGCCUCACCUGGUCUCAUCACCUAGCAUUACCUGGUCUCAUCACCAAGCAUUACCUGUGGAUUAUCCUGGGCUUCCCAGGGAAGAGGAAGAGGACAGAAGAAGAAAAACAGAAACAUUCAGAGUCAGCUACAGGAGACAGAGAACUUCCUGUUGAAUUGACCCCAGGGCCAACGCUGGUCCUGCUCCCCUGAUUGGAGGUUGGGCACGGCAGAGGUCAUGUCAGAGGUCACGGCACACAUGGACAGCAUGGAGGUUAAGGACGAGUGGCAGGAUGAAGACUUCCCCAGGCCUCUACCAGAAGAUGGAUACAUGGAGGACGGGGGGCUCACUGACAACACGACAACUCCCCCUAACACCCUGAAUAUUGGUGUCGGGGAUGAGUCGUCGGCCCUGCGUAAGCGCCGUACGCUGGUAGCCCCGGACAUGAACGUGUCAUUGGACCAGAGCGAGGGUUCCGUCCUGUCAAAUGACUUUCUGGGUAACCCUGACGACCUGGACAUCAACGUGGACGACAUGGACACGCCUGACGACGACUCCCUGGAGUUCAUCACCAACGGCAACGAGCUGGAGUGGGAAGACGACACUCCUAUAGUGAGUUCCAAGGGUCUGACUGGAAGCCAGACAGAGGAGGAGGAGGCAGGCAGACUGUGGAGGACAGUGAUCAUAGGAGACCAGGAACAGAGGAUAGACAUGGCUGUCAUCAGACCAUACCUAAGGGUGGUCACACACGGAGGUUACUAUGGUGAGGGUCUGAAUGCCAUCAUAGUGUUUGCGGCUUGUUACCUGCCAGAGAGCAGCUGUGAGGACUACACUUACAUCAUGGAGAACCUCUUCCUCUUUGUGAUCAGUAGCCUGGAGUUGUUGGUGGCUGACGACUACAUGAUCAUCUAUCUGAACGGAGCUACGCCUCGCAGGAGGAUGCCUGGUAUCAGCUGGCUAAAGAGGUGCUACCACACCAUCAACAGGAGGUUGAAGAAGAAUCUGAAGUGGCUGGUCAUUGCUCACCCGUCCUGGUUCAUCCGUACAGUCUUGGCCAUCUCCAGACCCUUUAUCAGUGUCAAGUUCAUGGACAAGAUCCGUUAUGUUCACACAUUGGAUGAGUUGAGCCAGCUGAUCCCUAUGGACCACAUACAGAUUCCAGAAUGUGUCCUGCAAUAUGAUGAGCAGAAGAUUACAGCACAAAAAGAAAGGUAAAACAAGAAUUCACCACCCUGCUGAGGAUCUAUGAAUACAGGGUAAAAGACUUCUCGGCUGAAGUUAAAGGACUAAUGGAGGAC